AGUCCCAGGAAGGUGGAUGGGGAGAAGGAGGAUGGGGACGGAGGAGAGGUGGUGUGUGAGUUGAAAAAGACCCUAGAUCUGCAGGAGAGAUUGCCUGAGCUGGUUGGCAACGGGCCGCUGGAUUCGCUGAUGGGGUUCAUUGUGCGGAAUGAAAUGUUUGACUCGUUUUGCGAGUGGUUGGGCAGAAGAUGGAAGGAUCAUCAUCUGUUCAUGGUUGAUACAUCUACUAAAGACAUUGGUGUUGCACCGAGAGAUUUCAUGGCAGGGUCGGCAAGGGAGCAAGCCCGAAUGCUGGAUGAGUGUCGGCGCUUUCUACAAGGCGACGGGAUGAGGAUUCUCGUACAUCGCGAGCGAUAUCUGCUGGAGUUGGUCGGGGAGAUUAUCUGGACUCAUACUCGAUCAUAG